GUCUUCGUCAGUCUUCGUUCGACAGCUUCCUCGUGCGUUUCGGGUGAAAAUGCUGAAAGUGUACAGCGAUAGGUAGACACGGUUUCCGUGUACGUGCGAACUCUUUUCGCGUGGGCAGUGUGCAACCGAUGGUGCUGGUACUACACCGAAGAUAAUCAAGAUUGCCCGACAAAAAUGGUUUUAUCAUCUUUCAGACCGCUGCAGGAAACAGAUCAUGUGCCCCACGUGCCCCACCGCGUGCGCGCCGCUGGAGAGCCUGCGCUGCGCCGCCGGCGAGCGGCCCCUGGCGCGGCCCCCGCUCUGCGCCUGCUGCUGCUGCCCGCGCUGCGUCCCCGUCAUCCAACCGCUCGAGUGUGUUGAAAUUGCUUUGCCGUUGGUGGUUCCUGCCCUGUUGUUGGAAAGCCUCCGUCUGUGGGGCAAUGCGUCGACGGAACUAGAUGCAUCAGUGGGACAUGUGUGGAAAUAUAAACAUCAACUCCACAAGAAUUCCCCUGUUGACUCUGAGUUAGAGCAACGAGGAAAUCCCUCCGCCCGCCUGGUCCCAGUCAGCGGAGAGACCGACACGAACCUGUCGGUGGUGGCGGUGGGCGUGUCGAUGGGGUGGACGGCGCCGGCGCUGCCCGUGCUGCGCGGGGAGCAGGCGGACGCGUCGGGGGCGCCGCGCGCGUCGCUGGAGGAAGCGUCGUGGGUGAGCGCGUGCAUGCCGCUCAGCGCCAUCUUCUCCGCGCUGCCCGCCGGCGCCCUGUGGCUGGUGUACCUCGGGCGGCUGGUGAUGGGGCUGGCCGUGGGCCCGUGCACGGUGUUCGUGCCGAUGUACUGCGAAGAGAUCGCGGAGCGCUCCAUCCGCGGCGCGGUGGGCUCCUACUUGGACAUGAUGAUGGUGCUGGGCAACAUCUGGGUGUACACCUUGGGCACCUUCGUGCCCUACUUCUGGUUCACCCUGCUGUCCGUCGUGGUGCCCCUUCUGUUCGUGGCCACCUUCUUCUGGAUGCCCGAGUCGCCGCUGUUCCUACUGUCCAAGGGCCGAGCCGACGAGGCGCGGCGGGCGCUGCGAUGGCUCAGGGGCAGCCAGUUCGACAUCCAGCCGGAAUUCGACGCUCUGCUCGCCUCUGUGGAGAAGCCCGCGCCAGAGGCUCGGGAGAAGGCUUCGCUGUUGGGCUUGCUACGCACCAACCCCUUCAGGUCGACCACGGUGCGUGCGUUCAGCAUCGUGCUAGGCUUGAUGUUCUUCCAGCAAAUGAGCGGAAUCAAUGUGUUCAUUUUCUACGCCGUGCAGAUUUUUAACGAAGCCGGCAGCAACCUCUCCGGACACGUGAGUGCCAUUAUAACGGGCGUGGUCCACUUCGUGGCUUCCCUUAUUGCGUCUAUCACGGUCGACCGAGUGGGUAGGCGCUUUUUGUUACUCGCGUCCUCCUCCGUUGCCACGGUCUGUCUGACGGCUUUGGCCGUCUACUCGUACUUGCACUCGAGUGGCCACGACACGACGUCGUACAGCUGGCUGCCGCUCGCGGCGCUUCUCGUCUACCUGUCCAUGUACUCGGUGGGCUUCGGCACGCUCACGUGGUUCAUGAUGGCGGAGCUGAUGCCCGAGCGGUCGAAGGGCUGGGCGUCCGCCGUGGCCGUGUGCUUCAACAGAGUGCUCACGUUGCUGCUCACCAAAGAGUGCCCGAUCUUGAUGGAACGCGUCGGGCAAGACGUGGUGUACGGGGCCUUCGCCGGCUUCUGCCUCGUGGCGUGUGUCUUCGUGUGGGUGUGUGUGCCGGAAACCAAAGGAAAGACGAAAGAGGAAAUCCUGGAAAAACUGGGUGGAGACAAACCUUAGGUUUGGUCUUUUUCUUCCAACUGAUCAAACUAGAGGCCUGAAGCAGCUAAUGUUUUGCGAUACGUAAUAAGAACUAGUAAAACAGUUAUUGUAUUAUUUACUAAUUGUGCUUCAGACCAAACCAGGGCUUGACUAACAUAGUGCUACGGUGUGAUUACUAGAACAGACAAUGCGGCAACAUAAAUAGUUUCUGUAUCAUAAAAUAACAAAGUUCUAUCUGAUUCAAAAAUAGUGAAUUUCAUCGUAUAAUUUGUAUAAUAUGUUAUGAUCCACAUUCUUAGAAAUAUAUCGAAAUUAUCUUAAGAUUCAGAUGCAACACUGAAUUACGGAGUGCAAUUAGUAUAAUAGGGAAUACAAUUUUACACAUUUGUAUCAAAUGUUAAUAAACGUUUAUUUAAAUGUUAAAUUUACUUGCUAGAUCAGUCACAUGUUUCUACCAGUGGACAUAAAUUGUCAUGGACUAUUAACGAUCCGAAUAAGUCACAGAAGAUGUAAGCAAGCGGUAAUGAAGGAAAAUCAGCUAGUGUUACUAUGUAUAUUUUAGGUUUUUCAAACAAAAGAUCGUUUUUUUAGAAAUUUAUUAUCUUUCAAGAUAUGUCAAGUUAAUAACGUAACGAAUACGCACCCCUCAGCAUUUCAGAUGCAUAUUUUAUCUCCCAACUUCAUCCCAUUAGCGAUAUUAUAUUUAUAGAUACGUCGUAAAUAUCUUCCUUUGUUCAUUUUUGAAAUACAUCUGAGCAUUCUUGAAUUUAUAGUCGCCUUUAAAGAAAUGCUAAUGAAUGUAUAAUGAGA